UUGUUUUAUCCGGGAAUUGAGAUUGCAACAAAGGUACCACUCAUCCUCACCAUACCCACCUCUCUCUCUCCCUCCCUCCCUCUAGCUGGUUCCUCCAUCUGUGUCUCCCACGUCUUAAUACCACAGUCAAAAGGGGAUUAGACGAAGCCAACAGAUUGUUGUUUGGGGUUGUCAAGUAAAAUCAAAUUAGGGGAUAAGCGCUAGAACAGAGAUUGAGCCAUGGCAUCCCAGAUGAUUAGAGAAUGGGCUGGAAUAAAUAGCUUCGCACCCGCCACUCAGACUAAGUUGCUUGAAUUGCUGGGAAAACUCAAGCAAGAGAAUGUGAACAGUUUGACUGUUCUAGUGAUGGGGAAAGGCGGGGUUGGAAAAUCAUCCACUGUCAAUUCGCUCCUUGGUGAAAGGGCUGUUCCCAUCAGUCCUUUUCAGUCUGAAGGAACAAGACCUUUGAUGUUUUCACGUUCAAGGGCAGGGUUUACAUUAAACAUCAUUGACACCCCUGGGCUCAUAGAAGGAGGAUAUGUUAGUGACAUGGCUCUUAAUAAUAUUAAAAGUUUCCUUUUGAAUAAGACCGUAGACGUUCUACUCUAUGUGGAUCGAUUGGAUGCUUAUAGGGUGGACAACCUGGAUAAGGAGGUUGUCAAAGCCAUAACAGAUAGUUUCGGUAAGGGAAUAUGGAAUAGGGCUUUGGUUGUUCUAACACAUGCUCAGCUCUCACCACCAGAUGGUUAUGCUUAUGAUGACUUUGUCUCCAAAAGAUCUGAGGCUCUUCUAAAAAUUGUCCGUCUUGGUGCUGGAUUGAAAAAACAGGAUGCACAGGCUUCGACUAUUCCUGUUGUUUUGGUUGAGAACAGUGGGAGAUGUAACAAGAAUGAAAAUGACGAAAAGGUUCUUCCAAAUGGAACUGCUUGGAUAUCUCAUUUAGUCCAAACAAUGACGGAAGUUAUCUUGAACGGAAGCAAGUCUAUUCAUGUCGACAAGAAAUUGAUCGAGGGACCGAACCCCAAUGAUAAGGGGAAGUUGUUAAUCCCUCUCUUUUUAGCGAUCCAGUAUUUCUGUGUCAUUAAGCCGAUAGAACGAGCAAUCAAGAGUGAUAUUGCGAAAGAGAGUAGACCAUCAUGGGAGAUGCGGGAUUCUGGUGCGGCCGGUCGCAAAUUCUGAUUUGGUUUUGGUCGGUCCAUCUCUUCUCUUGAAAGUUUUACUGGUGUCUUGUGCUUCCCAAUGCAGUCAUCCCUGUUUUUCCCUUCGUUCUCUUUUUUUCCGGUAGCAGUUAAAAUAGUCGGUAUUUGUAUGUCGAGGCUUUUCGAUCUGGUCUUUGAGGAAGCAGAUUUUGUACUGUAAUUAGCACAUCCUUUAAUAUUAUUUGUAUUACCCUUUCUA